AAGACACAAAGCGAUGGUUAGGUUAUGCCCCUAUAAGCUUGACGAUUCCCUAAGUUUAUGGCUAUAAAUACAUUUUGCAAUAUGAUUGAAGGCAUCAGAUCUAAUUUUGCAACUCAGCUAGUAACAACUAUAAAUUGAUUGACUAAAUUAUUGUUUAUUAUUGUCGUCAUGAAUUUUCUUAGUGUUUUUGGUUUAAUCUUUGUCCUGGUCGGUUCUGUUAUCAGUUCAACUGUGAAUCCUGAAAACGCAGAUAAAAAAACAGAGAAACGUGGAAUAUAUGGGGGCUUCGGAUACGGUGGACCCGGUUAUUACGGUGGCUUCGGACAUGGAUAUGACCAUGGACAUGGACAUGGACACGGCUACGGAUAUGGUUAUCCAGUGUCCUAUGCACAUUUUUAUGGACCCUCAUUCCAUCAUGGUCAUGGACAUGAUGGUUUUUCGCAUGGUUACGGAGGGUACGGUGGUCAUCAUCAUUUCCAUUAGACUUAGAAUUAAAAAAUGUUAGCAGUUAGGUUUUUUUUAGGUUGGAAACAAAUAGAAAUAAUUUAUGUGAUUUUUUUUUGUUAAAUUUAAAAUAAUUUGUUUUAAUUUAUAUGAUUUUUGUGCCAAAAGGAAAAAAUGAUUUUAAGUGAGAGUGAGGUGUUUUUCUAAUUACAAUUUGUUUGACAAAACCUGAGAACUUCGAUUGAAAUUUUAAACUAAUAUUUUUCAUCUAUGACUUUUUCCAUAUAACACAAACUACUCGUACUAUUAAAAAUAUCGUCUGCCUCGUCAGCGAAUAUGUAAAUAGAAAAAAAAAUAAGUUCUCUUUUUUGACAUAU